AAAUUGUCGUCCCCACUUCUACAAAACAGGACGAGUCACCGUUGACUUAUGGUCGCCUUGGAAAAAAGUUAUGGCGACGUGUGUAAUCGAUAGGUUGACUGACCAGGUCAAACAUCGAACACCUCAUGCUUAAAGCUUGCUCUGAUCGUCUUCCUCCCCGAUCACCAUCCGCAACGAAGGAACGCAGAUAUGCCUCGUUCCUACCAUGUCCUCCUCUUCUUCUCCCUUGUUCUCAUGCUCCGCUGUUACGGAACCAGCUCGAGCAAGCUCUGGAGCUACUGUCCUAAUGAUGCCAACUACACCACCAACAGCACCUUCCAGUACAACCUCAACCUCCUCCUCGCCUCCCUCUCCUCCUCCACCGCCGCCACCGGCUACUCCAACGACACGGAAGGUCAGUCCUCUGACCAAGUCCACGGCCUCGCGUUAUGCCGCGGCGACGUCUCCUCCUCCGUGUGCCAGACCUGCCUCGACGCCGCCGUCCAAGACAUCAUCCAGUCGUGCCCCAGUGGCAUGACAUCCACCACAUGCUACGACGACUGCCUGCUUCGCUACUCCAACCGGACGUUCUUCUCCACGGCGGACACCUCCUUCAUGUACGCGGCGUGGAACAGCCAGAACGUCUCGGACCAGCAGCAGUUCCAGACCACGCUGGGGAAUCUCAUGGACGAUCUCACCGACAAAGCAAGUAGCUCGCCCAAACUGUUCGCGGAUGGGUCGGCCAAAGUCACCAGCUUCGAUAAGCUGUACGGAUUGAUGCAGUGCUCGAGGGACCUGUCGGCGGACGACUGCUACCGGUGUCUCCGGGACACGGUGACCUUCAUUCCCAAGUAUUCCAGUUGGAAGCAGGGAGGGAAGGUGUACACCCAGAGUUGUUAUCUUCGCUUCGAGUUGUAUCCUUACUACUACAUCUACGCCGUGAAGGCUCCACCGCCCGUGUCUCCGAGCAGCAAGACGGCCAACGAUACCGUGUCAAAUGAUGCCAGUGGAGGAAAAAGUAACAUUGCUGUGAAAACAGUUCUACUUGCUGUCAUCCCUGUUGCUGCAGCACCGUCGUUCCUCCUUGCCAUCUUUAUGUACUGUCGAAGAAGGAAACCAGCAAUGCCAAGGAGGAUGCAGCCGCACAAACGAGUAUUUGACAAUGAAGACCAACAAGAAAUCAAGAGUGCAGAAUCGCUGUUACUUGAUCUGGAGGUGAUGAGGUCUGCCACAGACAACUUUUCUGAUGCAAACAAGCUAGGAGAAGGAGGAUUUGGACCAGUUUACAGGGGAACACUAGAGGAUGGAGUGCAAAUAGCUGUGAAGAGGCUUUCAAGAACCUCAGUGCAAGGGCUUGUUGAGCUGAAGAAUGAGGUGGUUUUGUUGGCAAAACUUCAGCACAGAAACCUUGUGAGAUUGUUGGGUUGUUGCUUACAAGAGGAGGAGAAAUUACUUGUCUAUGAGUACCUUCCUAAUACAAGUCUUGACAAUGUCUUAUUUGAUCCUGUGAGGAGAGUGCAAUUGGACUGGGCAAGGAGGUAUAAGAUAAUCGAGGGCAUUGGGCGAGGACUUAUUUAUCUCCACGAAGAUUCAAGGCUCAAGAUCGUUCACCGGGACCUAAAAGCCAGCAAUAUCUUGUUGGAUGGGGAUAUGAACCCCAAGAUUUCAGACUUCGGUCUCGCCAAGCUUUUUGAUGUGGAUGAGACACAGAGGAACACUAGCAGAAUUGCCGGAACAUAUGGAUAUAUGGCACCAGAGUAUGCUCUGCGGGGGCGCUUCUCGACUAAUUCAGAUGUUUACAGCUACGGUGUGCUAAUUCUGGAGAUCUUGACUGGUCGAAAGAACAGUGGUUACCAAGGAUCUGGGAAUUCCAUUGACCUUCUAAGCUAUGUCUGGAGGCAUUGGAAUCAAGGUGAUGCAUUGCAGGCGGUUGACCAAAGUGUGGUCGAUCAAUGUCAACCUCAGGAAGUGUUGAGAUGCAUGCAUAUAGGGUUGCUGUGUGUCCAAGAAGACCCUGCACAAAGACCCAGCAUGGCAUCCAUAACUCUUAUGCUUAAUAGCUACUCUGUUGGUCUUCCUACUCCUUCAGCACCUGCUUUUGUCACUCUUAGUAUCACAAGUUCCGCAAAAGAAUCCAAAAAUGAUGUUUCCAUCUCUGAAAUGGAUCCCAGAUAGAAAUAAGAAGAUGUGUGUUUUAAGUUUUGUUUCUGUAAGACUUAAGGCUUAAAUUUCAGGUUCAUGUGCUGCUGUCUUGGAUGAAUAUGUCCUGACAUAACUUUGGGAAAAAAUGAUUCAUGAAAUAAAAAGUUCAAGAUCAAAAUCUUGAAUUGGAAAA